GUCUCCAAAUCCAUCGAUCUUCACACCUGUAUCCAGGGUGUUACGUGGCCACGUUCCUAUAUUGUCGGAAGCCCAUGUCCUAUCAGAUCAUCUAGCUGAGGACAUCUCUCGCUUUUAUCUUACUGCAACGCCAGCACCGCCGCAUUCUAGACAACAGCCUCUUGACCUUCAGGGGGUCAAUUCUCAGGAUCGCUGCCCGCUAGUGUCGGGUUGACCCAUGUACCACCAAACUCAUCAACAUCAGCACAGGGCCUUCCGGGGCACGCAUCUUGGGAGAGAUGUGUUGUCACGACGGCCGGACAUUGUGCCUCGCGAUCGUCUUCGCUUCCUUGCUGCUUCUCCCGCACCAACUUUGCUAAGAAGAGACCCUGCACCGUCUGUCGCUACUACCACUGCGACCUCAACUUGUGGUGGUAACAGCUGUGAAAAAAGCACGAGCACAAUGAUGACCACAACCUUGCCGGUUGUCCUCGGUGUAGUGAUCCCCGUCGUGUGUGCUAUCGCGGUCCUGCUUUACUUCCACCGCAAGAACGUGAAAAAGCUUCGAAACGAGGAUGCCAACGACAAGCAUAAAUCUCUCGAUUUCGGCUUAGACCUGACACCCACCGGGACGAAACCCAUGCAACAAGCCGAGAAGACUAAUGGUGCCCAUGCCAAGGGAGUGUCCCUAGACAUAGGGCCAAGUCCAUACCUCCUCCCGCCUGGACUACACAAUUCGCGAGAAUCUUUGCAGUCUUUAUCAAGAUCUAUGAUCGGCGAUGACGACAAGUAUCGACACGCAACCUCAUUUCUUGGGGACAAUGCAUCCUUGAGAUCCCAUUCCCGGGGUCCUCAGGACGAUGCGUCCAGUCUUGCCGGAUCAACUCGACGGGGACCCCUAGGCGACGAUAUGAACCAAGGACUGCUUCGCAAUGCUCAACGAAUGUCUCGCUCAUCCCCGCCGCUCUACGAUCAUCCUGAAAGCGACCGUAACGCCGAAAAUCCGUCAAGUCCAAUUCAGAAUCCACAAGCCCAAUUCCAUGUAGAUCUCUCAAAAGGUCCAGAUUCUGUUCAUGUGUCAGGUGUCGCUGUUGAACAACCGGCCUCCAGUAGUGGUCAUGUCAAACCCAGUCCAUCGAUUGGCAGCUCGAAGAAUAACCCUCCUUCGCUGACCUUGUCCUCCGCGCCUUUGGAGCAGUCACAAGAUCCGGAAUUGUUUCUGCCUAGCAGUAGUGUUGCCCAGCAAGAAGGGUCGAUCUCUGCUCAGGAUGCGCCUGCCCCGCUGCGCGCUUCAAUUCCCAUCAUAACAACUCCGCACGUUGCGCAGAUUACAUCGACUCCUACUCCUCGGAUAUCACUCCCAGUGAGCGAUGCGGCUAGUGAUUACGGAGACGCAGAGUCCAGUCAUGCGAUCCCGUCAGUCGAUGUGCAUGGCGUGGCAGGAUAUGGUACUCACAGCAACCCCGAGGGUGUGCCUUAUCCUUUCCAGGGUCAUGACGCGUCGGAUCGAGUCCAGAAUGCUAGUCUUGACCACCGCCGUGACACGCGCCGGCUGACUUUCGGUCUUCGACCUUUGCCGCCAGAGGACCCUUCUGAUAACCCUGAACAGCGUGCCAAUCGUAUUCGGUCAUUCUACAAGGAGUACUUCGACGAAAGUCGUACUGGACGCGACACUUACUACGGAGGAGCUGGCCCUGAAGCCUUUGCUGAGGGCGGGUAUGUUUAUGAUCCUUCCACCGGAGAGCAUUUCAGUCCUGUCCCUGCACCAUUCGCGGAGCCAGUCACCCGCCGUGCCAUGACACCGCCACCCCGUGCACCUCCGCGCUUUCAAGGUGCCGCUCGUCACAUGGCCACUGGCUCAGACGGUGGCUUCGGUGAUAGAUUCAACUCUCCUGGCCUGCGUGCAUUUUCAUCCGCCUCUGGCCGCUUACCAGGUCCGCCCAAGCCCCGAAAGCCGGCGCCGCCACCAUCGCCACUUCAGAUCCUCCCCACGCCCCACAUGCUGAAAGACGAAUCUAUAAUGACGGCGAUUGAUUAUGCCCCCAGCAAGAACUACAAGGAUUUGAGGGAAGGCCGACCAGACACGCCUCUAGGUGGCCUCCAGCCCUUCAGCCCGUUGACCCCAGCGCGUUCUCCUCUCGUCUCAGCCUUUGACGAUCUAUCGCCCUUACCUAGCGCGCACGCUUUGCGAAAGUCUGGUGCUUACGACACUCUGGACUUUGCACCCCCGCCGCGAUUCAAGAACGCCGAUGCCGGCAGCGAUGCCGGCAGCAUCCGCAGCAACCAUACCGGAAUCUCGUCAGCCCAUCUCCACAAUAUCCGCAAUGGCGCAUAUCGCGUCAGCCGCCUACCCCCAGGCACCGUGGGCACCAAGGAUGAUUUGAUAUCAAACCUUCGCCCUAAAUGGGAUAUGCAGCAAUAGUCGGAGUGCCAACUCAUCUGCAACACAUCAAAUAAUCCCCUCGCUGUAAUGAUCUCCAGGAUUUUGCACUCAUCUGGAUAUCCGCCUACCUUGUCACGACUUAUUUCCCGUUUCCUAAAACAUCACGGUAUCUCUUCGUGAGGGAUCCGGGUCAACUUGCGAUUUUUGACGUCAGUGGCGUAAAGAAUCUAUGAAGGAAGCCUUGUUCAUUUCAAAUCUCGCUUCCCUUGGGCGUUCGGUCUCAAUGGCCUUGUUUUAUCAUCUACUACUUGCACAUAUGCUGUAUCUUAGAAGUGGGUUGCUAACCUGCAGGUAUCCAAUAUAAGUAUUCUGACUGGACUGUAUUGUCCUCAUGACAUUGAAGGUCUGAGGUGAUUGUCACCCUGAAAGACUUGCAUCGAUGUGUUGUGAAAAUUGGCUGUAGAUUACACAAU